ACAGUUGAGAGCAAAGCUCGGAUCGAAGCUGUGGUUGGAAGAUUUAUAGGACUGCAUCAGGUGCGCCGGGAGAGGUCGUAUGUACUGUACAUGUAUGUACAUGUACAUAGCUGCAUCACUUGUGUAAGUUUAGCACUCGUGGUAAAUACAGACUUUCACACUUUUGUAGGUCUGUCUUAUAACUGGAGUUUUCAAGCUAGGCCUACUCAACCCCAACAAAACGAAGUUUUUUGCUUGGCCGGCGUCUAGGCAAGCGAGAUAUAGUAUAAAGAUGGCUAUAGAUCACUGCAGGGAAAAGUGAGUAGCAUCACAUAACAAGUCUGAGUUUCGUCACUGAUUGUGCCAGUCGGUUUUGGUAAUGGUAUAGAAAUAUUUGUACAUACAUACAAAAGGGCUUUUGGGAGAAAGCCAAGCCAGGCUCUAGUAACUGUGUAACUCCUCAUUGAUCACCAAGACCAGGAAUGCAAGUAGAUGUCCGACAUCGCUAAACAAAUUUCCAUGAUGGGACCCGAUCCACAGAACGAGGAAGACCCAGACAAGGGCUCCUCGGAACAGGAGGACUUGGGCAUGCCGCAGGUGGUGAUUGCCAUGGGAAACGAAAGCAACGAGGAGGAUGACAGCGACGAGGAAGGUACUGAGGAAGGGGCGGGGCCACAAGGAGAUGGGUACAUGCUGUUGCCGGAGGCCGAUCAGGAGCUUGACUUCGGCGAGAAUGAGGCAGUGGAUGAUGGUGCAUGUGCCGCAGCACCAAGCAACCAGCAACAGCAGCAGCAACAACCUGUUCUCCCCGCCCACCUGGCCAAGCUCCUCCCUGCCCAGCCACCGGCCCGCGACCCGUCCACCGUCGUCUCCUUUGCUGACACAACGGAAAGCCUGGAGGACCGGCGCCGGGUCAUGGCCGCCGACGAUGAGAUCCGUAAAGCCAUGGCCGGGUUCUCGCUACCAGGCACGGCCAUACCGCCCUGGGCCAGGGCACUCGGUGACAACGAGUGGAAGGAGCAGCUGACAAAGAUGAUUCGGGGGAGGGAGGAGAAAAGACAUGACUCGGGUGGGACACCCAGAGGUGGAAAAACAUGAUUUGAGAACACUGAACAUAGAGACUCUAUAUAAUUAUUUACAUAUUAAAGUGCAGGGGGGCUUUAAGGUUGUGCUGAAUACUCAAACACUCAGUCCCACUUGAACAGUGGCAGUUUUCCUGUCUUCGAUUGUGCAGGAGAACAAAAGCUUGUGAAGAAUUCCAUUAGUUGGUAAAAAAUUGUUCCUGGUCUGUCCUUUUUUUUUUUCAAUAAGAGGCAUGUAUUAACUUUAGCUUCAGCCAUGUCGGCGUUUGAGGCAUUGACCUGUUAAUAUUUACAUGUUAGUACCUGUAGUUACAUGACAUUUACAUGUUGGUAAAUUUUAGUCUGGUUUUCUUUGUCCACUCAUCCAGCUUGGCCAAAGUGCACUGACCUUAUUUUGUUCAUUUUUGUUAGCUAUUGGUAGAUUUUGACUGGCAACCUGUGCGGGUACUAGGAAAAAUCGACCAGUGGUUGGGAAAUGGUUGCCAAUCAGAAUUAGCCAGAGUUUCAGGCCGAUUGUAUUUUAGUUUGAUAACCAAUCUCUGUACAGGUCUAUAUAGGAUAUGUCAACAUUUCUGGCACAGGUUUUAGAAAUAACAGUUCCUGUUUCACUGUUGUGAAGAUGUGUGGCCCGAGAGUUUGCCACCAGCAAUGACCAAGACCUACAUGUAUUGUAUACAUAUACACAAGAUUUGGACGAGGCCAAAUUUAAGACUGGUCAGCCGAUGUCAAACAGCCUGUACCCUCAGAAGAUUUACAUGUAUUUGUACAUAGUUGUACCUGAUCAAGGACAGAACGCAAAGGGAACAAAGAUUGCAAUGUCCUCAGUGGUUAGAAUUUUGUCCCCAGUGGUAGGUAAGGCCCAGUGGUUAGUUUAUGGGUCAUUCCACGAGGUUGAGGCAUAAUUUGUGACAAUGUCCGUUGUUAUGUGGGUUCCGUAAAAAUGAACAGCUACAUGUGUUUCCCUGUUGGUUGAUUCCAAAUUGGCAUUGUUAUACAUCUUGCAAGGCUGAAUACAGAGGUGUGUUUGUACCCUCCCAUUUACAAAGUGCCACGGGAUAGUUUGGCAAGGUAAGACAGUUUAUGUGAGUGUAAAUUUGCCAGUAAUAAACGAUUACCUGUAUACAUAUGUGUAUACAUACAUCAUAUGAUUGAUUGUAUGUUGCUGCUAAAGAAAUUGUUUUUUAAAAAAAUCCUCUCUUUCACUCAUGCCACCCGUAAAGAUUACAGAUAACAAUCAGUUAUUUGAUAUUUUGUACUAAACACCCUGUGCGUUGAUAGUGUUUAUAUUAAAUGAAAGAAAAAGUGUAUAGAGAAUAUUUCCAGAUUGGAAGGUGCCUACGUGAAGCUCAUUAUUUUCAUGGGGUGUUGUUAAAAGUAUUGCCACCUGUGGAGAUGCUGAUCCAGGUCCCGUCUUCAUGUCGGGACUCUUAGAGAGUAUGCUAGCAGUCUAGCAGAGUUGAGACUGCCCAGCUCACCACAGCUUUAUUUUCUGCACCAGAAAUAGAAACUGCAGUGAAGUGCAGUCAAGGAGCCAACUCUUUCAGUUCCAAAAGUUAAACCUUUGAGACUCAUUCUGAAGCCCAAGAUCAUGAAACAAAAAUGAGAUUUGCUCAGUAGCUCUUAAGUCAAAGACUGGAUCCCUAGGGUGUAUAUUAAGGAACCGGUGAUGAACAAGCAGAGAAGAUAAUAAAUUGACGGCUUACAAACAA